AUGAAGCGGCGCGUGAAUAAUUUGGCAUCCACCACCACUACAAAGAAGCGUCGCGACUGGAAGGAAGCCGAGGAGGAGGACGUCGGCGACGCCAGAACCGGGCCACUGCCUGACAGCGACGAGGAGGCGAAGGCCGAGGCCAAGCCAGAGGUGAAAACAGCUGCAAAAGCUACGACAGGUGUGCCGAACCCGGUCGUGUGGUUCGAUGUGUCAGUAGCUGACAAGCCACGCGGCCGCUUGCACUUUGAACUUUUUCGAGACCUGCUGCCUGUGGCCGCGGAGAACUUCCGGAAGCUUUGCGCCGGCCAUCCUAACGACAGCGGGGAAAAGGUCAGCUAUGCGAAGACCUUUCUUGACCUCGUGCAUACCAAGACUUUCGCCACCGGCGGUGACAUCGACGCCAGCCUCGAGCUCGACGCGAUCGAGCAAAGCGGCCCUCUGAGGCAUGCGAAGGCCGGGCUACUAACAAUGGCAACCGGCAACGUGAGCUCGUUCGAUCCCCGCUUUCAGAUCACGCUCGGUGCUGCCCCGAACCUGGACGGCAAGCAAGUCGUUUUCGGGCAGCUGCUGGCAUCACCAGGAGUGGCACUGCAUCCGCUUCACUGGAUUGAGGCCGUGAGCACGUCGACCGGCACACCCAGAGAGGAGGUGCAAAUCGAAGCCUGCGGCGAAUGCACGACCGAGGAGUGCCAGGUUCUGCUGGGAGCGAUGGUCAUGGCAGCCCAGGUGGAUCGAACCUCCGAGAGCCAAGCGGAUCGCUACGGUCGGACAGGCCACACGCAUGGUGAACUGGAGGAUGCUGUCACAAACGAGAACUUAUCCCAAGUUCUGGAACUCACAGAGGACCUGCUGGGGCAUCUCGAGUGGGCCUGCAAGCGCACUAUGUCUGACAGUGAGCGCGAUCGAAAAGCUGGCCAGCUCGAAGUCAAGUUAAAGUCGCUGAUGGGUGCCUUGCGCAAAGUGGCUUUCAAAGCAGGAGAAGUGAAUGGCUUUGAGAACAAGCUCGCCCUGGACUCUAAAGGUCAACUUGGCCGUGCAAAGGAUUUGGAAGAAUCAUUGCUCCGCGUCUACUAG